CCUGGCAUGAAUUCACACUUCAUCCUAACAUACACUCUUCAACCUUUAUGAACUACACCCGAUGACAUGAAAACUUAGCUAACGCAGCGCAGGAUUGCCUUCCCUCCAAAAGUGUGUUGCUACAAUAAGGAUCCCCGUUACAACAGUAUUAGCUACGUAGUUCCGCUUGUAUUAUCAUUUCCCCCGCACAGCGGACACGUAAACAAUUCAAACAAAAGACAACGACAUAACCUGUAAGUCUAACUGUCAGUUACAUCAGCUCUGAGACAAACAUCUGUCUUGGUUUCAGACGAAGUCACAGUGUCUCUUCUCCUUCAUACACCAUCUCUCUCCACCACCACCAGAAAAUUAGUCGCAGGGAUAAAGGGAGAGAAAGAAAGGGAAAAAGAGAGGGAGCGUCGGAGUGAACUUGAGAGGGACAACGAGCGGAAGUGGAUUCGAGGCUGCAGACAGAUACUGGAAUAUAACUACUCUUAGAAGAAACUGGGAAAACAGGGCCCUGGAUUAGGAUCCAAAGAGACUGAAGAGUAUUCUACCCAGAACUCUAACUCUAAUUCAGUAGCUGAGAUGGAGACCCCAAUGCCGGAGUUGAGAGAUGCGAAGCCAGUGGAGAUGGGUCUCGGUGUCAACUGGUAUCCUUUCCAGAACGCCCUCUACAUAAUCUUGGUCCUGCUGGGUAUUGUGGGUAACGCCACGGUGGUUGGCGUAAUUAGUGAGAGCGUAUUCAAAGACCCCAGUGGAGGACGUAACUCAGACAUCAUCCUGAUAAACAUGGCCCUCUCCAACCUGCUCAUUUCUCUGCUGAGGAACAUCCUGCUGGUCAUGUCUGACCUGGGGCUGGAGCUGAACUCUUCCAGAGACGGGUGUCACGUCCUGAUGGGGGUGUGGGUGUGGCUUCGCUCAGUCAACGUGUGGUCAACACUAUUCCUCAGUGCUUUCCACUUCCAGACACUGAGGCGCGUGGCGCCUCCCUCACGGACUGUUCACGGGCCCCGCAGGCCCCCCAAGACCCUUCUGAUUAGCCUGGGCCUCAUCUGGUAUCUCAACCUGAUCUAUGCUAUACCUGCACACAUCUACUCUACUAAGGGGAACAAGAACAGCACAGAGACCCUGAUUUUGGUCAGCAGCACCACACGCCCCCUGCUGGGCUGUGUGUGGAACUUCCCCUCCAGCUACAAUACCCUGGCCUACACCACCACCUCCAUGGUGAUCCAUGAGAUCCUGCCUAUCAUCCUGAUGGCCAUCACCAACCUGGGCUCCCUCUACACACUCUACACCCACGGCAGGACCCGCAACCCAGCACACAUGACCCAGGACGCGCCCGUCAUCAAGAGGAUACCGGCUGAGAGACGGGCUGCCAAGGUGAUUCUAGCCCUCACCAUCCUCUUCAUUGUGUCUUGGGGAACUAGCAUCAUCUCUAUCAACUACUUAAACUACAAUAAAGGUUCUUCAGACAGGUUACUCCCGAUAAUAGCUCGCUUUGCCAACAGCAUCUUCAUCGCCAUUUCACCCAUCGUGCUGGCAGUGGGUCACCGGCGGCUGCGUGCUAUCGUUAAGUCUUUUCUUACUCACUGACAGAUCCAACACACUGAAUCACACUGCAACUGGCAUUAUGGGGAAGCCAGUGGAAAAAGAUUAUACUUCCCUUCACAUAACCUAAUAAUAAAGUAGACUUACAUGUUUGUUGGUAUUCCUCUAACCAUUGGCAAAAAUGAUGAGGUCAUCUGUGCUCUUUUAAGGUACUUACUACUAACUGAGCAGUAUAUUUUCCAUGUGUGUAGGAGUCAAAAUAAGAAUACUGGGAGAGAUGGAGGCUCGCACACUGUCGAAAAAAUUAAACAUCCAGAACCCGAGGCUUGAAUGGUUAUUAAAACAUCAUGGUGCCAGUGGCGGUUC